AUGCGCAGUGACACGAUCGUGGGCGCCCUAAGAUCCAGACUACUGGGCUCGGGUGAGUUUGACACCGGGUAUCCGGCGCUCGACACGGCGUUGAGGCUUCAAUUCAGACUACACUACCAUCUUCUGGGCAAGGGUGUGAACAACGUGGUGGCACAAGUGUUGAAGGACGAGUGUUCUAAGUUAGAAAAUGAGCUGAGAGCUUCGCAAAGCAAGUCGGUGGAUGCCAACGUCAGCCAAUUGGCUCUCAAAAUAGUUUCCAAUGCCCGCGGUGUGAUAUCGUACCAUUUGGGCGCGUUGAAUGAAAGCAAAGAACUGCUCGUGCAGGGCGCACAGGUCGAUAUUGUCUGGGCAGGGUUUGCGGAGUUUCUGAAUCUGGAAAAUCUGUACUACAGAGGCCUCUGUAACAAUGACACGGCGGUCUACGCGGAAGAGCUCUCGAACGUGGUACAGGAUAUACCGCCGGAAUCUCACGGCAUGGCAUGGCACUACUUGCAGCUGAUUUUCAAGUCGAUGACAAGGGACCAACUGAAGACUUUGCCGGCAGACAGCGCUCUCACGUAUUUGGGGAACCUCGUCAACGGAUACUGUGACGAGAACCAGUUAUUGACACUUAUAGAUCCGCUACUCAAAGAGUCGAAAUUUCCCCAGGCGAACGAAUCGAAUAACAAAAAGUUAAUUCAGUUCCAUGUCUUUCUACAGUAUUUCUUCAAAAGCUCUGACACCUUUUCGCCUAAAUGGUAUCCGUUUAUUGUAUCCUCUAUUGAGAAGACUUUCCAGAGUAUUGAGAUAUCCAAAUGUGCCAUGAUUUACUUUGGCCAUCAAGCAGAACCGGUGGUGAAGGAUUCCCUGCUGAACUUUGUGAAUUUCGUGAGAUACACCGAAAGAAAUUUUGUCAUCAACAAUGAAAACUAUGAUGACGUCAUUUCGCUGAUUGAUUGUUUCACUUUCAUUCUGAACAUUGUUAAGAAUGACUCUUUCAAUGUAAGCCAUGUUUUCAAUUUGAGUGAUUCCCUCGACAGAUUAUUGUCCCUUUUACAGUUUUUCUAUCAGAAAAACAAUUUCUCAAUAAUGAACGAAAAUGAUUCACUGAACUGGUUGGAAAACUCUUCAAAACUGCUGCUACCCUUUACAGUUUCCAAUGCGCUUUCUGACGCUUGGACUAUUUUAUUUUCACAUAAAAAGAGCUCCUUGGAUCUUUUAUUAUCUAAUGAAUUGACAUCGUAUCUCGCAAAUGCGAUGUGCGUGGAAUCUAGCGAGGGAAAGCUUUGCGACUUACAGUUUCAAUACUCCUAUUUACUGGCUGAGAAGAGAUUGAUACCAGCAGCAACAAAGAUUUUAAAAACUGUAAUACUAGAAAAGAAUCCCGAUUGCUAUAAAGCUUGGCAUUUGUUAGCUCUCUGUGAAUCAAUCCGUGAAGACAAAGAAUCGGCUUUUAAAAUAGUUUGUUCUGUGAUUGAAGCAAUGAAGGAAACUCUCGCAGAGAAGAAACUGUCAAAAAUUGAUAGAUGGCAGUACAUUCAUUUAAAAUUGACCCAGUUAAGUCUUAUUGAGGAAAUUUUUGGCACCGCUGAUGCUUUAGAAAUGUUGCCUGAAAUUUAUGAACUAUAUGGUGAUCUUUUCCCGGAUGACAAAGAUGAGUUUGCUUCAUUUGGUAAAGAAAUCAACCAAUCAAAAAACUACCUUCUUCAAAUGAUAUGGAUAUUUGCAGCCAACAUGUUUUUAAGGGCAGAAUCUAAAUCUGAAUCCUGUAAAAAUGCUAUAAAGGAAGCUGAAAAUGUUACCAAUGCAUACAAAAAUUUGAAUUGUAACAUUGCAAGGGGGUAUAUGUACUUGACAGAAGGCGGCAUAAAAAGAUCAUUAAAAGAGUUCGAAAGUGUCUUAUUUUAUGAUCAGUAUAAUGUCCAUGCGGUGCUUGGACUUGCUGAAAUUAUCUUCCCCGAUGAAUCGAAUCAAUCUGAGCCAUCUUUUCAAAAUUAUUGCGACCUGAUACCAAAGGAAGAACACCUUGCUACUAGAAAAAAAGUUUUCGUGAAUGAAUUGGAUGAAUCAGCAUCAUGUGCAAGAUUGAAAUUUCUUUUGGAAUAUUCUAUUACACAAUCAAUUGAUGCGUAUUUUACUCCAGAAAUCUGGUGGUAUCUUUCAAUAAUUUACAAUAAAUUUGGUGAUAAAAGCUAUAAAAAUGCUUUACUGAACUGUAUACGGUACCAAGAGACUAAACCAAUUAGAGAAUUUAAAUUUUGUAAUUUUUAA